CCUUGCCCAGUGGACUUGCCUUGAAGGAUUAGAACCCCAGAAGCGGGCCUUGGCGGGAGCCUUCCAUUGCGUCGGCUGCUUUUCCUCGUCGAUCGUUCUGGAACUAGAGAUGCCAUUAGGCUGUUAUUUUAUCUAAUGGUGAGAAGUCAGCCCAGAGAUGGAAAACUUCAUUCUGUAUGAGGAGAUUGGCCGAGGAAGCAACACUGUUGUUUAUAAAGGGCGUCGGAAGGGAACAAUCAAUUUUGUAGCUAUUCUUUGUACUGAUAAGAACAAAAGGCCUGAAAUAACCAAUUGGGUCCGUCUCACCCAUGAAAUUAAACACAAAAACAUUGUAACUUUUCAUGAAUGGUAUGAAACCAGCAAUCAUCUCUGGCUAGUGGUGGAACUCUGCACAGGUGGUUCUUUGGAAAUGGUUAUUGCUCAAGAUGAAAACCUCCCAGAAGAUGUUGUUAGAGAAUUUGGUGUUGACCUCAUUACUGGAUUAUAUCAUCUUCAUCAACUUGGCAUUCUCUUUUGUGACCUUUCUCCUGGCAAGAUACUCUUGGAAGGGCCUGGCACAUUGAAGUUUAGUAAUUUUUGCUUGGCCAAAGUAGAAGGUGAAAAUUUGGAUGAGUUCUUUGCUUUGGUGGCAGCAGAAGAAGGCGGAGGUGAUAGUGGGGAAAAUGUACUGAAGAAAACUGUAAAAAGUAGAGCCAAAGGAUCUCUUACAUAUACAGCGCCAGAAAUUUUAAGGGGUGCUGACUUCUCCAUCACCAGUGACCUCUGGUCUUUGGGCUGCCUGCUUUAUGAAAUGUUUUCAGGAAAACCUCCAUUCUUCUCAGAAACUUUUUCAGAAUUAGUUGAAAAGAUUUUUUAUGAGGAUCCUUUGCCACCUAUUCCAAAAGAUCCUUCUCUUCCUAAAGCUUCUUCAGAUUUUAUUAAUUUGCUUGAUGGUUUACUUCAAAAGGAUCCUCAGAAGAGAUUAACUUGGGCAGGCCUACUGCAGCAUUCAUUUUGGAAGGAUGCCUUCACUAGGAAAGAUCAGGAAUCAAGCAUUGAGGAUUCCAACAUCAGCAGGAAAGUGAUGGAGCUUUCUGGGACACAAGAUCGCAAGGAGUUUUUGAAGCCUCCGAGCGGACAAGCCAAGGGGGAGAAGAGCGGUCAGCGCUUAAGUCACUCUUUCAGACUAGAAAAUCCAGCCGAGUUGAGGCCUAAAAGUACUGUUGGAGGUCAACCGAAUGAGUCCAUGUUUCUUCUCAGUACUCGUCCAACUCCAAGAACGAGCACUGCAGUGGGAUUAAGUCCUGGUGAGGACAGGACUCAGCAUUCACCCCAGAAGACUUCUCCUUCAACCAAGAAUACAAGCGGACACCUGAGUCAGCAGGACCUGGAAUCCCAGAUGAAAGAGCUUAUCUACAUGGACUCUGAUCUCGUUGUCACCCCCAUCAUCGACAACCCAAAGAUAAUGAAACAACCACCAAUUAAAUUUGAUCCAAAGAUACUGCAUCUCCCGGCACAUUCAGUGGAUAAGUUAAUAUUUCUAAAAGACCAAGAUUGGAAUGACUUUUUACAGCAAGUGUGCUCACAGAUCGACUCCACUGAAAAGAGCACAGGGGCCUCCCGAGCCAAGCUCAAUCUCCUUUGCUAUCUGUGUGUUGUGGCUGGACACCGGGACGUGGCCACCCGGCUCCUCCAUUCCCCGCUGUUCCAGUUGCUAAUCCAGCAUUUGAGAAUAGCUCCAAACUGGGAUAUACGGGCCAAGGUUGCUCGGGCGAUUGGUUUACUGGCCUCACACACAACUGAGCUCCAGGAAAAUACACCGGUUACUGAGGCAAUUACUGUCUUAACUGAAUUAAUUAGGGAAAACUUCAGAAACAGUAAAUUAAAGCAGUGUCUGUUACCAACCCUUGGGGAGCUGAUCUACCUUGUAGCCACCCAGGAAGAAAAAAAAAAGAACCCUAGAGAGUGUUGGACCGUUCCCUUGGCCGCUUAUACAGUGCUAAUGAGGUGCCUUCGGGAAGGGGAAGAACGUAUUGUGAAUCACAUGGCUGCAAAGAUUAUUGAAAAUGUCUGCACUACCUUUUCUGCUCAGGCCCAGGGCUUUAUUACAGGGGAAGUUGGACCCGUCUUAUGGUACCUAUUCAAACAUUCCACUGUUGAUUCUCUCAGGAUCACAGCAAUAUCGGCCUUGUGUAGAAUCACCCGCCAUUCUCCUACUGCCUUCCAGAAUGUUAUUGAGAAGGUGGGACUGAACUCAGUGAUAAACUCCCUGGCCUCAGCCAUCUGCAAAGUUCAGCAGUACAUGUUGACCUUAUUUACUGCAAUGUUGUCUUGUGGGAUUCAUCUUCAGAGACUAAUCCAAGAAAAGGAUUUUGUCUCUACAAUUAUUCGUUUACUCGACAGCCCCUCAACUUCCAUUAGGGCAAAAGCCUUCCUCAUUCUUUUAUAUAUUUUGAUUCAUAACCGCGAGAUGCUGCUGCUCGGCUGCCAAGCAAGGCUGGUGAUGUACAUCGAGAGAGACAGCAGAAAGACCACUCCAGGCAAGGAGCAGGAAAGCAGCAAUGAAUACCUGUCCAGAUGCCUGGACCUUCUCAUCCAUCACAUCGUGCAGGAACUGCCACGGAUCCUGGGUGACAUUCUUAAUGCCUUGGCUAAUGUUUCUGGCCGCAAACACCCAUCAACAGUCCAAGCGAAGCAGCUGAAGCUGUGUCUACCCCUGAUGCCUAUCGUGCUUCACCUCGUAACUUCUCAGGUAUUUCGACCUCAAGUUGUAACAGAAGAAUUCCUUUUCAGUUAUGGAACUAUUCUUAGUCAUAUUAAAUCUGUAGACUCAGGAGAAACUAACAUAGAUGGAGCUAUAGGACUGAUGGCAUCGGAAGAGUUUAUCAAGAUCACGUUGUCAGCUUUUGAAGCAAUAAUACAGUAUCCUAUUUUGUUGAAAGACUAUUGCUCUACGGUUGUUGACUAUAUCCUGCCACCCUUGAUCUCCUUGGUUCAGAGCCAAAAUGUGGAGUGGAGACUCUUCAGCUUGAGGUUACUCUCAGAAACCACAUCUCUACUCGUGAACCAGGAGGUUGGGGAGGACAAGAAGGAGGCGAAUGUUGAUUUUGACAGCAAUCUGCUAGCUCUCAUUAGAGACGUCUUACUUCCCCAGUAUGAGCACAUCCUCACAGAGCCUGACCCCGUCCCAGCAUAUGCUCUGAAAUUGCUAGUUGCGAUGACAGAACACAACCCAACUUUCACCAGACUUGUGGAAGAGAGCAAACUGAUCUCACUCAUUUUUGAAGUAAUUCUGGAACAUCAGGAGAACAUUCUAGGUAACACUAUGCAAAGUGUGAUUGCAUUGCUCAACAAUCUGGUUGCCUGCAAAGAUUCAAAUAUGAAGCUACUUUAUGAACAAGGACUGGUCCGCCACGUCUGUGACCUGUUCACUGAAACCGCCACACUAUGCUUGGAUGUGGACAAUAAGAACAACAAUGAGACGGCAGCCGCACUGCUCUUCUCCCUGCUCGAUAUUCUGCAUGGCAUGCUGACCUACAUGUCCAGCGUUGUUCGGCUGGCUCUGCAGGCGCAGAAGUCUGGCUCAGGAGGGGACACUCAGGCUGCUGAGGACCUGCUGCUGCUCAGCAAACCUCUGACAGACCUCAUUAGUCUGCUCAUUCCGCUGCUUCCAAAUGAGGAUCCUGAAAUUUUUGAAGUGUCAUCCAAGUGUCUUUCCAUACUGGUUCAGCUGUACGGAGGGGAAAACCCAGACAGCCUGUCUCCUGAAAAUGCAGAGAAUUUUGCCAAUUUACUGACAUCCAAGGAGGAUCCAAAAGAGCAGAAGCUUCUGUUGAAGAUUCUCAGAAGAAUGGUCACAUCUAAUGAGAAGCACCUGGAGAGCCUCAAGGAUGCGGGCAGCCUUCUGCAGGCUCUGGAAUGGCUGGCCCCAGCUGGGGGUUCAUCUGCGGACAGUGUGGUGGCUUCCUUGGCCCUGGAAAUCCUGCAAGCUGUUGGACAUUAGGCAAGAAGGCACUGGGCACAAGCCUGCUCUGCAGCACCCACCCUUGGCUGUGCACAUUCACCACAUCGCCACCCAUAACUCUGGACCUAAUAAAGUAGGCUGAACAAGAACCUUCCGGUUGAGGUGUUCUCACUAACCCUGGGCCCCAGGAAACCCACUGAGAACAGAGUGGUUCCUUUAUUCCUGAGGGAUGCAUCUAGAAGCCAUGGGUUUGCUGGCUGUUCUGAGAAGGUGCUUUCCUGCUCUGUUGUGUGCUAGGUAGCCUCCACAAGUCUAUGCUAAUCAAGGAGAUGAGAAGCCACAGUCCUUGGCCUGUGGUGUCUGUGGACAUUUUUCUCCAGAGAAGAUUUAAAAGACAGGACUAGGUGUGAAUGCUCCCCCAGCCACAGCUCCAGAGCAAGCCUCUGAAAGCUAGUUUUAGUCUCGUCUUCCCACUUUUACCUCUGGCUUCUUUUCAUUUCAGGGGCAAACUGAAUCCAAGAAUCCUGGGAAGGGCUGGGCAAAGCUCCACCAACAGACAGGCAGUGCGAAGUUUGCCUAAAGGAUGCAAAAUGCUUUAGAAAUCCCAGCAUCCUUGAAGGUCUGCCCAUUUAGGUGUUGUGAUCAGGGCUGCGGCGGGGGGGGGGGGGGGGGGCGGUGUUCUACUUUGAUGCUAACUCCUGCCAAUUACCCCCUUACCCUUAUAACCUUCUCAGCUUCUUCCUGUGUUCCCUCACACAUAUGCUCUUAAACCUUCUACGUAUGUAAGAAGCCCGUGGAAAUAUUCGGUGGACAUUGCAGAAAGGUGCUGGGACUGUGGUAGUGAGGCAGGCUUACUCUGGAGUCUGGCCUGGAAGGUGGGGGUGGUCUGGGCAGCUCAAACCACAUCAGCAAGCUGAGGCCCUUCCUCAGCCUCUCUGGGGCCUGUAUCUCCAUCUGUAAAAGGAAACUCGCUACCACUGUCCCAAGCCCAGAUGGGAUCCUGCCCCAGACAGCAGCCACCAUGCACAGGGGGAAUGGGUAGGAUAAGCACAAGGGGGCACACAGGUGGCCCCAUCCACCGCAUCACGGGAAGCUGGUCAUGUUGUCACCAACAGCCCCACUUUAUCACGGUCCAGGAGACUACUACAUGGAAGUCUGCCAGCUUCCAUGUGGCUUUGUAAUGAGAACAGCAGCUCUGUGCCCAACUCUACCAAGGGCGUGUAUGUGUUACCUUACUUACUUGCCAUCACAACCUACAAAGCAGGCCGCCUUAGCUUCAUUUCCUGAAAGAAAACAGGCUCAGAGGAGCCAGUCCGACUGUCCAAGGCCCCAGAGUCUAAUUGAACAAAGGACCUGACCACAGCCUUUGUGUGCCCCUUAGCGGGACAGCCAGAACUUGAGCUGGACUAGUUACAGCACAAGAGUGGCCUACCCAGGAGCAGGCAGUCUAUUUCCAUCUCUCCUAGCCUACUCACCGCCUGUGAUCCCGGGGUGAGGGAGCAGCCGAGGCCUGGCCCUCGUCUCCCUGCUUUCCCAGGAAACAAAUCUGUUCUCUCCCUUCAUUCAGUUCUUGGGGAAACUGCCCUGGAGUUCUGUGCCUACAGUCUUCCCAGAAGGUAUUUCAGAGCACUGGAAGAUUCUGCUUUACCCUUUUUAGUUGAGCAUGGAGGAAUCUUUGCCGUUUGAGGUAAAACAAAAGUUUUAAUAUUCUAGAAUGAUUUUGUUGAAUGGACCCUUCUUGGCCUGGGGCCCCUCAGCAUUGCCUUUGUCAGAUAAAGCUAUCUGAGAAGGUAAGGGACAAGGAGAGCUACUGCUUGGCCUAGGGUGCCGGGGCACGGAGGAGAGCCCAUGACAAACUUCACACUGACAUCCUGGAGUUAGGGGAUCCUUUUUAUGAUUCUCGUGAAGGUGCUAAGUGGAAAGCAGCAGCCCAGGUCCCACUGAGCUCAGACAUAGGGGAUAAGAACAGGCUUGGCUGGGUGGGCACCACCCAGACUAACCCUUCCUUGCCCUCCCCAUGUGAGGCCCAUGCCCUCACAUUUGGCUUCCCAGGCUGUCUCCAGUUCUACUCCCCUGGCUCCUGACCCAUCUGAACUCCCAGGAUUCUGGCAGUGGCAAGGGGCCCAGACCCAGGCACCUACAGCCCUCAUUCCCCCUACCUCCGUGCUUCAGCUAUUUGCUCUUUAACUGGCUACAACCAUCAGCUGAGCCUCUUCAGGGACAAAUGGGAGUCACAAGUUGCAGAGUAAAUUAGGGAGCAGGAGACGACCCACUGAAUGGUUGCACAGAACUACCUCUCCCUCGCAUCAUGAGCAGGACCAAAGCUUCAAGACCUUAACUUACAGUCUGAGAACAGGGGACAAUCAUCGGGGCAACUAAGCCUGUGGUUCUAUAGGAUGCAGGAACAGAAUUUACUCUUACAGUACUCUGUAUUCUCUAGCUCUUCACGGCUCCCCUAUUUCCCUGGGACUUUUCAGAUCUCAUGAUCAUGAGGUUUCAGGUCAAUUCUGUGACCACACGCAGGCUUUAUCCCUGUGACACGGCUCUCAAAGUGGGAACUUUGUGGGCUAAAGCUCUUGGCCAAGAUGAGAGAGGAACUGGGUCUCUCCUGUCUUGGCUUGAAGCAAGAUCCCCUUUUUACUCUCUCCCCUGGUGACAGAAUCUAUGGAUAUAUAGAAGAGCUGACAUAGGAGCUUCAGGAAGUAACUGGUAGGGAAAUGGGGCAUGUGGGGGACAAGACAAGCCAAAGUUUAGGAAGCCCUGAAAGCCUCGAGCCUUCAAGCCUUCCCUUCCUGAGGAGGGAAGUAUAGGGAUGAGAAACAAGAAGUCACAGCCCUGAAUGAGGACCACGAAGGUGUGGAGUUCUGAUGUGACCUGGAGUCUUUUAAAGCCCAUUUUAGGGCCCUUACUAUUGAGGUGGUAGAGGCAAGCCUGUCCCCUGCCUCUAGCUCCCUUGUGGGGUGGGCAGGGGCAGGGGACUCCCCCCCAGCACGGAGUCCGAGGAAAAGGAAGCACCAUCUUCUCAGCCUUGACCCUCACUCUGCAAUUACACCUGGUGGGUGACUCACUCAUGGUAACGUAAGGCUGUUUUAAAUUCUCAUCUAUCAGAAAAAACUGCAAUCAACUGGGCACUCUCCACUUUAUAAACCAAACAGCAUGAUUGAGACCUGUUUUUACUACAGAAAUCAAAACAAAAAUUGAAAAGCAGUAGGAUCUUUCACUGUCAAGGACUCAAUCAGAAUGAAGCCUCAUGUCUAGAACAUGUUCCCACAUGGAAGAGAGCUGUAUUCUUCAGCUUAGUGUGGUCACUGCAAUGGGAUCAAAUGUCUUAGGUGCUCUUUAUCCCCAGGUAACCACUAUUCUGAUUUCUGUAGUAAUCCAAUCUCCUCCUUUUGUUUUUACCAUCCAGGGGUGAUGUCCCCCAAACAGUUUGCCCUUUUAUUUGAUCAGUGAAGUCCUACAACAUGCAUCUGUGACUUGCUUUUGGUCAGUACUGUUGGCAGUAUCCAUACACUGCCUGCCAUGUGAAGCUGUAGUUCUCUACUGCAGGACAGCGGUUAUCAGACACAUGGGCUGUCGAAAGCUGUGUUCUCCCUAGGCAUAGUAAUGGAGUUCGAGGCAAAAGAAAAACCAUUAAUACUGACCCUACUUGUCUUUAAAAUCUUUGUGGGUCAUGGAUUUUUUCCUUCUGCACUUUGUUUUUCCAAAUGGCUACCACCUGUUCCAUACCUUUACUAAAAAGUCCCUCUUUUCACACUGACCUCCAGCGCUUCCUCUCAAGUACUAUGUCCACAUCUUCCCUGUCUCUGUGCCAGUAACUGCCAGCUACUUCUUCCCUUCUAGUUAGACCUGGACCACUGGCAGAACAAGUCUUCCCCCUCAUUCUUUCCAAGUGUCUUGGCUAUUCUCCUGGCCCUUUGUAUUACUGAAUACUUGCAGAACCACCUUACUGAAUCAGAUUAAGUUUACAUUUUUAAGUAGAACUUCAAAAACUACAUUAAGCAAAGCCCUGAAAAUGUCUUCCAAUUUUAAGAUGUUCUUUAAGUAAAACACCCUGCUGUGGUAUGUUGUGUGAGGCUGCUUACUGUACUGGCAUGGUUCUAUCAUGCACUGGAAGGAACCUGAAACCAACCACCUCAAGAGGUAUAGGGUCUCCUCUCCCACCCGUUAUACUUUAGACCACAGUGGCUUUCACAAAACUUCAUCCAAAGGGAAGUGAACAUGUUUAUCUAAGUCACGAUCUUAAAUAAAAAUACCUGGUAACUCAAACACCUCUCCCUAAGCACAAAACACUUUCACUUUUUCUAAAGACCAAAAUACAAGUCUUAACAGGUCUACUGACUCUGCCCUGAGGGAUGAACUAAGGCUUGAAGACCUACCGCCAGGAUGACAGGAUUACCUGGCAGACAGGUGGAAGGUGGCUCAUUCUGGUCUGAUUAUGUUCAAGAUAAACAUCAUCACCUAAACCAUCUUAAUUUUCAGUUCAAAGUGGAGUUGAAGGAAUUCCCCUCUCCAAAUGAGUCACAUUUAUGUGAAGGUGCUUGAAAUCCAAAUCCAGGUAGUUAAUUCAUUAAUACCUUAAUAGAAAGGAACCAUCUGAUGGUGUCUGGAGUGGGGGUUAGCCUAUCUGCUGUUCAGUUUGGUUCUAUGGAGCCCAAAGACCACAUGACAAGCCUCUGAACUGAGGUUUCUGGUGCAAUUUAACCCAGGGUCCACUGUUAAAGAAAGUUGGCAACGACGCCAUCUGGAUGUAAGGCUCACUCUCUCAUUACAACUUAAAUUAUUUCACUAUGUGUGUUUUCCUCAGGAUGAAACUGAAUAACUAUUGUCACAAACUGUUUAAUGACAAGGAGAAAAAGGUGACACAAUUGAAUGAAUUAAAAGUUUAAUUCUGAACCAUUUUUAUAACCGCAUUUUUCUCUUGAAGCAUUGUAUCACAGCAGGUUACAACAACUUUGGGAUAAAAGGCAAAUGGUAAACUGUCCAAAACAAGGUUCCAAAUAACACCUCUUACUGAUUUACCCUACCCAUACAUAUCCCAAAUAAAGUUUUUGAUCAAAAAACAUGAAAUAGAUCCACCUGCUUAUUUUAAGCAUAUUAAAAAGGAAACUAAUUAGACCAUUUCUAUUUGUCUAUUUUAUACAAAAAGGCUACACAAUGUUACACUUUAUUCAGAUUACAAUUAGAGUGAUUAUGAAUUAGUGUUCUACACCAUUACUCAAUUCUUAAAAAUUAGAAAUUGCUGUAGCAGUACUCACUAUAACUUAACACUACGAGAGACUUAAAAAACUAACAGUUACUGCAAAAAAAAAAAAAAAAAAAAAAAAAAAGCUACUUCAAAGCAAGCAAAGUCAGUACCAUUACAGAUAUUUAAAAAAAAAAAUUUAACAAGCAAGGCUAGAGUUUGAUAAAUUCCAUAUCUUGUGAUCCAUUCUUGUGCAUUCUUCACUUCUUGAGUCACUCCCAAAAUCCAUUUGUAUUGUUACUCCUCGACCAAAAAGGACCA